AUGGCUGAUGAACUUGCUCUUGCUAGACAGCCACUUAAACUUGAUGACAUAAUCACCUAUGUGCUUGCAGGACUUGGCCAGGAAUAUGAUUCCUUGGCUUCAACAAUUACUUCUCGAUUUGAUCCUAUCACCUUGGAGGAACUUUACUCACUUCUUCUAAUCUUAAACAUGGCCACCAAGCAACCUCAACAGCAAAAUCAAUCCACUUUUUGCACGACUGCAAAUUUUCAACAAUCCAACCGUGGUCGCGGUGGUUACCGUGGCAGAGAAUGUGGUGGUCAUUUCACCUCCCAUGAUCAAGGUCCAUCAAACUCAAUUAUAUGUCAGGGCAAACAAACUCCCAAAAAUCAGCCACAAGCCAGGUUGCUGCGCACUAUCAACAUACUGAUAAUGAGUGGCAUCCCGACACGAGCUACCCAUCAUCUCACCAAUGAUGUAGACAAUAUUUAUCUUCAAAAUGAAGACUAUGGUAGUCAAGAUCAUAUCCAAGUGACUAACGGUGAAGGUCUGAAAAUAGUCCAAAGUGGAACUUCCACUCUCUCAUCUCCUUCCAAGUGUUUUGUACUUAAUCAAAUUUUGCUUGUCCUAGAUAUUCAGAAAAAUCUUCUAUAUGUUCAGCAUUUUUGUCUAGACAAUAAUGUUUUCUUUGAAUUCCAUGCUCCUUUCUUCCUUGUGAAGGAUUACUUGGGGAACAUCCUGCAUCGAGGACCACUCAAUAAUGGUCUUUUCAACUUCUCAACUUCUCUUGCUGGUCUUCAGCCACAAGCUCUAUCUAGUGUUUGUGUCUGCCAAUAUCUGGCACUGUCGUCUUGGUCAUGCUUAUCUUCCAACUAUCAAUAA